AUGAUUAAUUAUUUUUGGGUAGAAGAGGAUAUAAUUCAAGGAAAUGGUGGAUAUGUAAGUUGGAAUGUUGAUCUGGUUCGGGGAUUGUUUCCUCCUGAUAUUGCUGCUAUUGUUCUUUGUAUAAAGCUGAGCCAUCGGGAUUGUGAAGACAAGUUGAUUUGGCACUGGACAACUGAUGGUAAAUAUACAACGAAAUCAGCGUACCAUCUAGCGCGAAAUCUUGUUUUUAGAGGGCAAACUGCAGCACAUAAUGUGAUCUGGAAGUGCAUCUGGGAAUUGCAAGUCCCGCCUAAGGUUUCUCACUUCUUGUGGCGAGCUUGUCAUGAUAUUCUUCCUUCUAAGAGUCGUCUACAUCUGAAAGGAUUGAACAUCGAUGAUAGGUGUUUGGCAUGUGGUGAAGAGGAGACAGAUGUUCAUGCUCUAGUGGGUUGCCCUGUCGCUGUUUCUUGUUGGUCUGUUUGGCGACAGUGGUCUCAGGGCUUUGCUGCGGAGGAUUUUAUUGAUUGGUUGUCGUUGGUUUGGAAUAGGGGUGAAAUGGUUGAUAGGGUGGAAGCAGCUGUGAUUGUGUGGAAUAUUUGGAACUACAGAAAUAAGCGUUUAUGGAGUGGCGUCUUGCCUUUGGCGCCGGUGAUGGUCAGUUCAGCUUUGAGUAUCCUCUAUGAUUGGCAGUCGGCUCAACAGGUGGUGCCUCCUUUGACUUCAAUUCUUCAUCAUCCCACUCCUUUCCAGCUAACAGGUCAGGUUUCGGUGCACUUGUUCGAGAUGAGCAUGAUUCUUUCGUUUCUCUGUGGUAUUAUUGGCUUCUAUAAGGGUCUGUAUCCGUCGAAGCUUGUUGAGACUAUUGGUCUUAGGGAGGUUUUAUCUUGGCUGAAGCGGAUAGGUUUGGAUGGAGUUAUUGUGGAAAUGGAUGCUCAGAUGGUUUGCAAGGCUGUCAAGGGUCCAUGUGAUAAUGAUUCAGAUUCGGUCUGCUGGUUCAAGAUUGCAACGAAUUGUUAUCAUCUCCAAACAUUCAUGACAUAG